AUGAGAAGGAAUCGUAUGGAACACUUCUCAUCUCCUAUCCUCAUCCGCCUUAACUGCUAUCCUCGUCGGCCUCAACUGCUAUCCUCUGCCGUCUCACCUGCUAUCCUCUUCCGUCUCACCUGCUAUCCUCAUCCGCCUCAACUGCUAUCCUCUUCCGUCUCACCUGCUAUCCUCGUCCGCCUCAACUAUCCUCUUCCGUCUCACCUGUUAUUCUCAUCCGCCUCAACUGCUAUCCUCAUCCGCCUCAACUGCUAUCCUCUUCCGUCUCACCUGCUAUCCUCGUCCGCCCCAACUGCUAUCCCUCUGCCGUCCCACCUGCUAUCCUCUUCCGUCUCACCUCCCCCAUCCGCCUCAACUGCUAUCCUCUUCCGUCUCACCUGCCAUCCCCUCGUCCGCCUCAACUGCUAUCCUCUUCCGUCUCACCUGCUAUCCCAUCCGCCUCAACUGCUAUCCCCCAUCCGCCUCAACUGCUAUCCUCCCGUCUCAACUGCUAUCCUCGUCCGCCCUCAACUGCUAUCCUCUGCCGUCUCACCUGCUAUCCUCUUCCGUCUCACCUGCUAUCCUCAUCCGCCUCAACUGCUAUCCUCUUCCGUCCCACCCUGCUAUCCUCGUCCGCCUCAACUGCUAUCCUCUUCCGUCUCACCUGCUAUCCCUCAUCCGCCUCAACUGCUAUCCUCAUCCGCCUCAACUGCUAUCCUCUUCCGUCUCACCUGCUAUCCUCGUCCGCCUCAACUGCUAUCCUCUGCCGUCUCACCUGCUAUCCUCUUCCGUCUCACCUGCUAUCCUCAUCCGCCUCAACUGCUAUCCUCUUCCGUCUCACCUGCUAUCCUCGUCCGCCUCAACUGCUAUCCUCUUCCGUCUCACCUGCUAUCCUCAUCCGCCUCAACUGCUAUCCUCAUCCGCCUCAACUGCUAUCCUCUGCCGUCUCACCUGCUAACCUCGUCCGCCUCAACUGGUAUCCUCUGCCGUCUCACCUGCUAUCCUCAUCCGCCUCAACUGCUAUCCUCUGCCGUCUCACCUGCUAUCCUCAUCCGCCUCAACUGCUAUCCUCUUCCAUCUUACCUGCUAUCCUCACCCGCCUCACCCAAGAGGAUAGUGAUAAUUGUUUGGUGCUAG